AUGGCCGACGUUUCGUCUACCCGGCUCUAUCUGGGCAACCUUCCGCGCAACAUCACUAAACAGGACAUCGAGGAGCACUUUGGCACUCAUGGCACUGGCUCUAUUAAAGAGAUCAAGCUCAUGAAUGGUUUUGGUUUUAUUGAGUACGAGGACGCUAUGGAUGCGCGAGAUGUUGUUCCAGCGUUCCAUGGAACCAUGUUCAAAGGCGAGCGUCUCACUGUGCAGUUUGCUAGAGGCCCGCGCCGGAAAGAUGACUUCGCUGGUCCUUCUGAUCGCAACGUCCCUCGACCACGUCGCACCGUCUUUCGCAUGCAGAUAACUGGACUGCAGCCGGACACCAGUUGGCAGGACCUCAAGGACUUUGCACGAAGCUCGGGCCAACUGGACGUCGUCUACUCCGAGACUGGCCGUGACCGUGAUGGCAAAGGGUUUGUGGAAUUCGAAACCUCGUCCGACCUCAAGACUGCUGUGGAGAAACUAGAUGGACAGACAUUUAAGGGAGCGAUUGUUCACUGUACACCCGACAUUCAAGAGGAAAGACCAGACAACCGCGCCUAUCGACAGAGAUCUCCGGCUCGAGGCCGAUACGGACCCGGUGAUGACUACGAUCGCCGCGGACCUCACCCACGAGGCUGGAGCCCUCGAGGCUAUCGUGAACGCUCGCCUGGACGUCGCCCACCCAUUGACGACUAUUAUGACCGAGGCUAUGGGAGGCGCACUCCGCCGCCACGGGACUAUGGACCACCACCACCGAGGAGAUACGAUCCGGAUCCUUAUGAUCCUCGCGGCCCGCCACCGCCACCAAUCCGAGGCUAUGGAGAUCCAUACGUGCGUGGUGAUCCGUACGGCAGGCCCAGAUCACCUCCACGCUACGGCUAUCCAGGUGGCUAUGGUGGCUACGACGAUCGACGAUACUAG